AUAAUAAUAAUGGUCUCUCUGCGUACGUAGGUCAGGUAUACACCCAUCAUCAUCUACCUGGAGACAACGAAGACCAAAGUGGCUCCAGUCGCGUCUGAUCCCUUGGAAGUGUCACACACGGGUCGUCGAAAGAACACAUUGCCGUCUACUUAUUCUCGUGUAUUUCUCCCCAUCAACCGAUAGUGUCUAUCCCGGCCAUGUGUCGUAUGUACGCGAUGAUUGUUGUAACGCUGCUUGCCGUACAGUACUAUUGCUGUGCGGCGGAAGGCGUGGGCGAUACGCUGAUGAAAAUGUUCCGCAUACAAACGAUCGAAAACCACACCGAUGUUCAGAUACCCAGCUAUAUGUACGAGUUAUACGAAGAUACCGGAAACAGGCAAUACGACGUGAUAAGGAGCAUCUCUCCGACGACGGAAUCACUGGGCUCGUAUAGCCAGUCUGUUUAUGACCUGAGUACACUUGAACCCUCUGAAAUAGUCCAAAAAGCAGUCCUUCAGCUUGAACCAAACACAAAUCAUCAAUUUAGCAAAGCCAUAAAUGUAUCAUUUUUCGCUUUGCCUAAACAAACCGUAUCUAAAACUUAUUUAGGGUCAGGAACUAUACAUGGCACUUUAAAUUUGGUUAACACUUUGGGUUCACAAACGUUAAAUGACUUCGACCAGUUAAUCGUUCAAAUGGAAGGUGCGGCAAAAUUGUCAAUUGGACUCGUGUUAUAUUCGAUAACCGCAGUUGGUAAAUAUGCAAAAGGCAACGAAUUAGCAAAUUUACUGUUUGAAACUACAGUUAAAAGACGUAAGAGGUCAGUUGCUGAUAAUGAAAUUGACAUUAAACGAAAUAAUUUCGUGGAUGAACCAAAACGAAAGAAGAAGAAGCAAAAAAUAUUACGAUCCAAUAAACUACAGGCCGUGGACACAGGUGACACGAUCACGUUUACCGGUAUGGACCAGUGCCGGAUGGAGAAGCUGGUGCUCAACUUCGCGGACAUCGGAUGGGAAGACUGGGUGAUCUACCCGAAGGGGUUCGAGACCAACUACUGUGCGGGCGGUUGCCUUUUCCCGCUGGGCAAGGGAUCCAAGCCCACCAACCACGCGACCGUGCAGAGCCUGGCCAGAUCGUUCGGCCGAUUGUGGGAUCUGCCGGAGCCGUCGUGCGUGCCCGACACGCUUGCGCCGCUCACGUUGCUCUACAUGGACCGGUCUAACCACGUGUUGCUCAAAAGCUACCCCGACAUGAGGGUGGUCUCGUGCUCGUGCAAGUGAUGCAAAUAUACCACGACCGCGGUUAUGACAUGCAUGUCGGGUGGCAUUACGUGACGCCACGGCAACAGCGUUAUACAUGCCACGAUGUACCUGUGUAUACCUACUAUCUAUAGGUUAGGUUAGGUUUGUCCUAGGUUAAUUAAUCUGGUUAAUUUAUUGUUCUGCUAGGCAUAACCCAUAGAUGAUCUGACACACUCAAAUUUAACCAUAAUGCGAUCGUGUUCAGAUAUUCCAUGUAUACCGUGUAUCAUUGUAGUACGGUAUAAGUUAUAUGCUAAAUUGUAUUAAAGUAAUUCGCUUAUACGUGCACUACACAAUACAGCGAAAUAAUAAUAAAAUUAGUAUGGCGAACGACAAAAAGAAAAUCUCAGUGUUACCAAACCAUGUGGUGAUUUGUACAGCUCAAGUUAGUGCAUAGUAGGCAUGUAUAACUAUGCAUUGACCAAUAUUUAUGUACCAUUAUUAUAUUAAUGCUAUUUAUUGAAAAAUUGUAAUAAUUAAAUAUCUAUUAUUAUUGUUAUUGUUCUCAAUAAGUGCAUAACUGUAAUGACAAUAAAAUAAUAAACAUUCUGCUACGUCACAUUCAUAAAUAACAAAUAAAUGAUAUAUAAUUAUACAUUAUUUAAGCAAUCCAAGUCAGCUCUCUUGAAACGUAAAUUGUCGGAAUAGUGAUCGUUUUAUUUUUAUUUUUCAAGUAUUAUUUUAAACCUAUAUGAAUGCGAUAUACAGUUUUGAUUGGUUAUUAUCCAUUUUAUUGGAUUAUGCUUAUCAUAGUAAUGUUACUUUGUUUUUAAAUUGUUUAUUUUGAAUAAAUUAUGAAUGUGACGACGCAAUGUUUGAUGAUGAUACGCAAAAAUUGUGUUAUUAUCAUAUCAUUAUUUUGUCUAAUAUUGAUG